AUGAAUAGAAGAGAUGCCAUAAUAAUUCAUAGACUAAGAAUAGGUCUCACCCGGGCUACACAUUGCUAUUUAAUGGAAAAUGGUGAUCCACAUUUAUGUGAAUUCUGCGCUGGAAUCCUGACAGUAGAUCAUAUCAUCUCUGAGUGCCUUCAAUAUACCGAAAAUAGGAACAACCUGAACAUUGGUGCAAACUACGGAGAAAACUUUUCACAUACUAAAAUUAUAAAAAUGCUACAGUACGUAAAAGACAUUAACAUGUAUAGCCAGAUAUAA